AUUAAAUAUGCAUUUCGGACCUUAAAUGAAUUACAGCGACAAUCUGGAUAUUUGUACUUGAACGAUUGCCUGACGCAUUGAGUUCAAAGACUUAAGGGAAAAUGCAGAGUGAAGUGGAGCCGAAAGUCGCCGAGGGUUCGGGCCCAGAAAAGCCCGAAAUGAGCGCGCCGAGUCACGGAAGCGAAGUACAACCUCAUCCCCCAGCCCAGGGGAUUAAUGCCGUGGCGGUGCUGUGGACUUUUGGGAAGUGCCUGGGCGCUUUGCUGCCCGUCUACCUGGCUGGCUACUACCGGGUCAGCACUAGCCUGCUGGUUUGCGGUAUGAUGGUGUACACGGGAUGGAAGCACGCUCGCGAGGCCAAAGAAGAGAGGCUCAGGUCGGCCAUGCAACUGCUCGGCGACGAACAGGAGUUCGGCAGCUUGAAAAUGUCCAAAAUAAAGCGAGAUCUCCCUGCGUGGGUCAACUUUCCAGACGUUGAGAAAGUAGAAUGGCUGAAUAAGGUGCUGCAGCAGGUGUGGCCCUUUGUGGGCCAGUACCUGGAGAAGCUCCUGGUGGAGACCAUCGCUCCGUCUAUCCGAGCCUCAAGCAACCACCUCCAGACGCUCAGUUUCACCAAAGUGGACAUGGGCGACAAGGCCAUGAAGGUGGUCGGGAUCAAGGCACACACAGAGAAUGACAAGCGACAGGUCCUACUUGAUCUCUACAUCAGCUACGUUGGCAACGUAGAGAUCAAUGUGGAAGUAAAGAGAUACUUCUGCAAAGCUGGAGUCAAAGGAAUACAAUUGAAUGGGAUGAUGCGAGUCAUUCUGGAGCCUCUGAUCGGAGACGUGCCCAUUGUGGGUGCAGUCACCAUGUUCUUCAUCCGCAGACCUAAACUGGAUAUCAACUGGACUGGACUGACUAAUCUGUUGGAUAUUCCUGGACUGAACGUCAUGUCUGACAGCAUGAUCAUGGAUGCCAUCGCUUCCUUCUUGGUGCUGCCCAACCGUCUGGUCGUCCCCCUGGUUCCAAACCUGCAUUUGGCGCAUCUUCGCUCCCCUUUGCCCAGGGGUGUGGUGCGCAUCCACCUCGUGGAGGCCCAGAAUCUAGCCGCAAAGGACAGCUACGUGAAAGGGGUUAUGGCGGGCUUGUCAGACCCCUACGCCAUCUUGCGGGUGGGUCCUCAGAUGUUCACAUCCCACCACUUUGACAACACAGACUCACCCAAGUGGGGAGAGAUGUACGAGGUGAUAGUCCAUGAAGUGCCUGGUCAGGAACUGGAGGUGGAAGUUUAUGACAAAGAUCCAGAUCAGGAUGAUUUCCUGGGCAGGACCAAAUUGGAUUUGGGCAUUGUGAAGAAGUCCAUCGCUGUUGAUAAUUGGUUCCCUUUGAAAGAUACUCCUUCAGGUCGGGUCCAUCUUAAACUGGAGUGGUUGGCUUUGAUGCCCACCACUGAUCGACUCGAACAGAUCCUGAAAAGGAACGAGAGCGUGACCAGUAAGACGGCCGACCCGCCCUCCUCCGCCAUUUUGGUGGUCUAUCUCGACAAGGCCGAAGCGCUUCCAAUGAAAAAGGGGAAUAAAGAGCCCAACCCCAUGGUGCAGUUAUCUGUGCAAGACAUCACCAGGGAGAGCAAGACGUGUUACACAACGGUCGAUCCAGAGUGGGAAGAAGCAUUUACUUUUUUUAUCCAGGAUCCACGCAAACAGGAUAUUGACAUCCAGGUGAAGGAUGUUGACCGUGUGCAGACACUGGGCAGCCUGACCAUCCCUCUCUCUCGCGUGCUGUCCACUUCUGGCCUCUCUCUGGACCAGUGGUUCCAGUUGGACAACUCUGGAUCAGCCAGUCGCAUUUAUAUUAACGCAGUUCUCAGGAUGCUGUGGCUAGAUGAAGAACAUAUUACAUCUGAUGUGUCAUCUCACCUGGAAUCUGGAGGCAAACAGUUACCCCAGGAGACCUCUCCUCACUCCAGCUUUGCCACCGAGGGCCUGCUCAGAAUCCACCUGCUGGCCGGGCAGAACCUUGUUCCCAAAGACAACAUGAUGGGGGGCAUGGUGAAAGGCAAAAGUGACCCUUAUGUCAAGAUCAAUAUCGGCGGGGAAACAUUCACAAGCGAAGUCAUCAAGGCCAAUCUCAACCCCACCUGGAAUGAGAUGUAUGAGGUGAUUUUGACACAGUUGCCCGGUCAGGAGCUAAUUCUGGAGGUGUUGGAUAAAGACAUGGACAUGAAGGAUGAUUUCAUGGGAAGGCUCAAGAUAAAUCUCAAGGACAUCAUUGAUUCUCAGUACACUGAUCAGUGGUACUCUCUCAAUGAUGUCAAGUCCGGUCGGGUUCACCUGGUACUGGAAUGGGUUCCAACAGUUUCAGAAGCAGACCAAGUGGAUCAGGUCCUUCAGUUCUAUUCCAGGCAAUCCUACCAGAACAAGGCGGUUCCGUCUGCGGGUCUUCUGUUUGUCUUCAUCGAACAGGCUGAUGGUUUACCAGUGAAAAAGAGUGGAAAGGAGCCAAAAGUGGGAGCACAGAUAGUUCUUGGAGAAAUGUCCCGCAAAACUACCGUGUGCGAUCGCUCUAUAUCGCCCGAGUGGAAUGAGGCCUUCUGCUUCUUGGUCCGUGACCCCAGAGAGGAUAUUCUUCUUGUCAAGCUCUCCCACAGUUGGACAUUGCCCAUGGGUUCCUUAGUGGUUCCCAUCAAGGAACUGCUGGCUGAGCCUGAGCUGGUCUUGGAUCAGUGGUUCCAUCUGGACGGAGCCUCUCCCGAGAGUCAGAUUCUUCUUCGGGCUGAACUUAAGAUGCUAGUACCAAGCAAGUGUCCCCGUGCCAGUUUGAAAGAAGCAAAACCCUUUCCCGAUCAGCAGAAACGUGAGGGUGUUCUAAUCCAAAAGUCAAGUUCAGUGGAUCCCCCUGUAGAAACCCUCGUGCCGCAAGUGAUGAUGCGCGACGAAGUUGAUGUAAAAACGCCUGUCGCUGAUGUGACGAAAGAUACCAACGAAGAAGCAUCAAGUCCUGCUGCGGUGAAACCUCCUCAUACUUCACCAGACGUUAGCUUUGCCAAUGAGGGGCUAAUGAGAAUCAUCCUCAUGGAGGCUCAGGAUCUGGUCCCCAAGGACAACCUGAUGGGGGGUUUGAAGAAGGGCAAGAGUGACCCCUACGCAAAGAUCGCCAUCGGAGAGACCACAUUUAAAAGCAACGUUGUCAAGGAGAAUCUCAACCCCGUCUGGAAUGAGAUGUAUCAGGUGGUGAUGCGGCCUCAGGCAGGACAGGACGUCCGCGUGGAGCUGUAUGACAAAGACAUGGACAAAGAUGACUUUUUAGGAAGGUUUAACGUCAGUAUGGCAGACAUCAUUCGCUCCCAGUACACAGACCAGUGGUACGCUCUGAGUGACGUUAAGUGCGGUCGUGUCCGUCUCAUACUUGAGUGGGUCCAAACAGUGUCCCACAAUGGCACCCUGGACAAAGUGAUGCAUCUGCAGUCGUUGCAGUCAUUCAAGAACAAUACCGUUCCCUCUGCAGCUCUGCUCUUUGUCUAUGUGGACAGAGCACACUCAUUGCCUUUUAAGAAAAGUGGCAAGGAGCCAAAGGCUGGGGCUGAGCUUGUUUUUGGCAACACAACCUACAAAACUAAGGUUUGUGAUCGCACAAGGUCCCCUGAGUGGAACGAAGCAUUCUAUUUUUUGGUCCGUGACCCUACUGAGGAGAUGCUCGUCAUCAAGUUAUCCAGUGCUUGGGACCAGCCGAUGGGCUCACUGGUGGUUCCUGUGAAAGAGCUGCUGUCAGAACCUCAGCUGGUCCUGGAUGAGUGGUUGCCUCUGGAUGGAGCCUUGCCCGAAAGUGAGAUCCUACUCAGGGCUGAACUCAAGAUAUUGAACCCAAGGAUGACUGAAUUCCCACAGCCUUGUGGUCUUGCUUCAGUGAAGACAGUCACGGUCGCCACUGAGGAGGAGGAAGAUGCCUCAAGGCCGCCAUUAGAGGAUCCCGCUAUAGUAACUAGCCAGCAGAAGUACCCGGAAGCAGCAGAAGAUGAGACAGAAUCCUUCACAAUUCAGCCCCCCGAUGCUACGUUGGUAGACGAUCAAGCAGAUGCGGAAGAGCAGCAAACGCCGUUAGACCUUCAAGUUCAUCCAGACGACAUGGAGAGACAGGAUGAUGCUGGUCUGGAUGACCAGGGCCACUUCACAGUGUCCGGUUCUCCCGCUGAGCCCAUGAAGCCCAAAGAUGAUGUUUCUGCACAGCACACAAUGCCAAGCCAGAGCUUUGGCACUGAGGGCUUGCUGAGGAUUCACCUGCUGGAGGCCCAGAGCCUGGUUGCCAAGGACAACCUGAUGGGGGGCAUGGUGAAGGGCAAGAGCGAUCCCUACGUCAAGAUCAACGUCGGAGGGGUUACGUUCAAGAGCCAUGUUGUCAAGGAGAAUCUCAACCCAACGUGGAACGAAAUGUAUGAGGUGGUUUUAAGCAGUCACGGUGCGCAGGAAAUUCAACUUGAAGCCUUCGAUAAAGAUUUCGAUUCUGACGAUUUCCUGGGCAGGUUCAGUGUUAAACUCAGUGAGGUUAUCAGGUCACAGUACAUAGAUCAGUGGUACACUUUGAAGGACGUCAAGUCCGGGCGGCUUCACUUGAUCCUGGAGUGGGUUCCGACAGUGUCGCGUUCCGCCCAACUUCACCAGGUACUGCAGCUUCAGUCUCUCCAGUCGUUUAAGAACAAAGCCAUCCCCUCUGCAGCUUUGCUCUUUGUCCAUUUGGAGCGAGCGCACUCUUUACCCCUGAAGAAAAGUGGAAAGGAGCCCAAAGCGGGAGCCGAGCUUGUUCUUGGCGACACGACCUACAAAACGCAGCUAUGUGACCGCAGUACCAAUCCUCAGUGGGGUGAGUCGUUCUACUUCCUUGUGCACGACCCUCAACACCAGAUGCUCGUACUCAAGUUCUCCAGCGGCUGGGACCAGCCGAUGGGUUCUCUGGUGGUUUGCGUAAGGGAGCUACUGGCACAGCCACAGCUCGUCCUGGAUCAGUGGUUUCAUCUGGAUGGGGCGGCACCCGACAGCCAGGUCCUGCUGAGGCUUGAACUCAAGGUUCUGGAGACUAAAAUGGUGGAGAUGAUCACUAGUGGGACUCUGCCUUCUGCGAGAUGAAGCAGAGUAACAAAGAUGCUGAUGACGUCACCACUCAAACACGGCACGGCUGCAGCUUGCACUUGAUAUCUUCUCCUCUCCAUUUUCAUGUAACAGACGCCGCUAUAGCAGGCUCGCCUGCGCCAAAACGCCCUCAGCUUAGAACUCUUUGUGCUAACUUACGCCGUACGAGUGGGAAGCACUCAAAACGCUCAUAUAACACAGCCAUCAGGCACUAGGUACGGACUAGAGGAGAGCUUGACUUAAAUCGAAGAAUAAUAAUAAAAAUACGGGAGAAUUGACGGAAAAAUGAAAAAGCUUGAAAACAUGUUACGUCGUGCAAAGAGCAAAUACAUUUUGUUCACUUCAAAACGCCACUUCAGUGUUAGCAACCUGCUAUCCGACUUAAAACACAGCACCUUGCUUGCUUGGGUUUGAUGUUGCCUCUUCAAUAUAUAUUUUUUAUAAGAUUGCAUUUUUUUCUUGUUUUUGCAUCAGUUGAAUGCAGUUUCAGUUGUGUAUAUUUGCGACGAUUACACAAGUAUUUUUUUGUGUGUGUUGGAAGAUGGAUAUUAAAAUAUAUAUUGUGCACAUCA